AUGUUGUCGUUCCUAUUGUCAUCGUUGCUUUGGAUGUUAAUGUUUAGAGCAGCGUCGCUUUCAUCUGAAAAUGUUAAUAUUUUACUUUUCGGUGAGCUCUGUGGUUUUCGGCUUAUAUAUCUUAUUAUGGGUGACAGUGAUCUAGAUUUUUCUUUGGUCCGGGCUUCCAUUCUUUCAGCACAGCUUUCGAUUUGUGUCCCUAGAGUGGCAAAUCCAGUGUUUACUUCCUCUGCAAGCUUGCUUAAAUUUACGGAAUUUUGAUUGACCUUUCGAUUUAUAGCCCUUAGUGAUCUAUUAACUCCUUCUUCAAGCCUUAUUGUAUCAGAAUGAACCUUUUCCAGAUCAGUCAUCUUGGCUUGGCUACUUAAGAUUUUACCUGACAUUAAAAGCUUGUCAACAACAUUGACAGAGAUGUCUUCUGUCUGAUUAGAUUUGCUUGAUAAUGCACCAGCAUUAGCAAGAUAAUUAGUAGGUACCGAAGUACCCAUUGGAAUAUUGGAUGCCGAAGCACCAAUGUUCGGAGGAUCCUUGGACCCCAUGUUAAGAACGUUUUUUUUUGAGAGAGAGAGAGAAUUUGUUGAUUUUUCUUUAAUACACAAUACGACUUAUGAGUGAGAUCUGUCCCUUUAUAUAUCCCUUUUAUUUUAUUGGACUUUAUUCCUUGUUGUAAUAGUUUGAACAAACAAAAGUUUA